AUGUGCUUGAGAACUGCGGACGACCUUGUUAAAUGGUCCUAUACCGAUCUGGUGCCCACGAAGCUAGCGGUUGCAGUGCAUCUCCAAUUCAUUCUUGGCGAGUUUCCACUUGGCAUCGAAAAGAUUAUGCUGAUGCAGCGGGUAACACCAAUGGUUCUUAGAAAUGAAAAUUUUGUUAUAGAGUUACAUAAAUUUGAAGGCAAAAAUCUGAAAAGGCUUUUAAUGAACAAGUAUUUGCAAUGGUCAGACCUAUCAAAGCGUAACAUUAUUGUUUUAUACUUAAUAACGUCCAUGGGAUGUACACCAAAGGUUGAAUAUCAAAUUUGGAUUGACUUUGCGUUUUAUACUUUUAAAGUUGGUAAAGAUCACUUAGGAGAAGAAGAAGAAAAUACGGUUGUUGAAUCGGAUACUUAUCGUUCAAAGAGGGCUACAUGGUCUAUGAAUUCAAUGAUGAAUACGUGUCUGGAACAGUGGUGGACUUGUUGA